UUCUUGGAAGUUGUUCUCCUUAUUUCUACUACUGCACUUCCAUUAUUCGUCUGCCCGAUUGAAGGCUGUUGCUGCCGGGAAAUGUAACAUGGCAGAAAUGCUUAUUUCAAGGGCUGUCCAGAGACUUGCUGAGAUAGUAGCUAUUCUAAUUGCAAAAGAAGGCUCUCGCUUGUCUGAGUUGGAAGAAAACUUCAAUUGGCUUCGAGAUGAGAUGAGUUAUAUUAAAACUUUCUUGGAAAAAGCUGAUGCAGUAGAGUCAGAAAUAGGAGGAUUGGAUGACUUCAUCAGGAGCACUUGCGAUCUUGCUUAUGAUUUGGAGGAUAUCAUGGAAGAGUACUUCCCUAUGCUAUCACCACCUAGAAGGAAUGGCUGGAAGGGGCGUCUUGGUUGGUUUUUGAAAGCCAAAACUGUUCGUGACUUUGCGGUGGAGAUUGAAAAAAUAAAACGAAGGGCGAUGGAUAUAAAUCGCCGGAGAAACACUUAUAAAGUCCCAGAUGUCCCAGAUGCAAGUGAUUGUCCUGGAAAACAGGGAUGGGAUCCAAGAAGAACUUUUCCUCACAUUGACGAAGUAAAUGUUGUUGGCAUGAAAGAACACAUUGAGGAAUUGGAGGACAAACUGAAGGAUCAAGAUUCAGAGCAUCGUGUGAUCUCAAUUACAGGCAUGGCCGGUAUAGGCAAGACAACACUGGCCAGAAAGGUAUAUAAUUCUGUUCGGCAAAUGUUUGAGUGUUCAGCUUGGAUUUAUGUCUCUCGACGACCAAACCCAAAUGAACUUUUACAUAAUAUAGCAAAGCAGGUUGGCUUGACUGACGAGGAGCGCAAACAGGACUUGGAGGGUAAUUUGUUUCACCAUUUAAGCCUAAAAAGGUUUGUGAUAGUAAUUGAUGAUAUAUGGGACACUGAACAUUGGGAUGUUUUAAAAAACGGCAUUCCUGAUAAUUUCACGAAUGACAGUAGAAUUAUCAUCACUUCCCGAUCCAAAGAUAUAUGUGUACGAAUUGGUGGGCAAAUUUUUUUAUAUGAAUUGCAACCCUUAGACGAAGAAAAGAGUAGAGAGCUCUUCUUCAAAGUGGUUAUGGCUGCCCCACAAGACAAUGAUGAAGAUGGUGAUCCCUCACAAUUGGAAAACAUUGGUGAGAAAAUACUAAAGAAAUGUGGCGGUGUGCCGCUUGCGAUAGUAGUUAUAGCAGGCGUGUUGUUAUCAAGAAAGAGAAGCAUACAAGCAUGGAAAGGGGUAUUAGAGAGUAUAGGUAAAGAUGAACACCAAUGUUCAAAGAUAUUUGCUUUGAGCUACAAGGAUUUACCUUUAAUGUUGAAAUCAUGUUUUUUAUACUUUGGUCUAUUUCCAGAGGAUUACGAAAUUUCUACAUUCAGACUAAUCAAUUUAUGGGCAGCUGAAGGAUUUAUACAUGGCAGUGGAGUAAGGGCAGUUGAGGAUGUGGGGCAAGAUUACCUAAAUCAAUUAGUUGGUAGAAACCUAAUUCAAGUUGUCAAGAGGAGGUUGGACGGGACAGUUAAACUUUGUCGUAUUCAUGAUAUCUUGCACGAUCUUUGCAUUAGCAAGGCUAGGGAGACGAACUUUCUUAACACACUCGAUAAUGUAGCCACUAGUGCAUAUUCCCUUGCACCACGCAGAGUCACUACCUCUUUUCAAAGUGAUGCUAGCAACUACGUUUCUUCAAAUCUUCAAACUCCAAAGCUUCGGGCUUUGUUAUGUUUCGAUGAUUCUACAACGAAAGGUUUCUGGGAAGUUAAGCUUCGUCUUAGAAACUUCAAAUCUCUUCAAGUGCUAAUUUUAACGUACUCAAGUGGGCUGAGGGCUCCUAUGAAUGAAAUUGUGAAGUUAAAACACCUCUAUCACCUUCAAUUGGGAGGGGAGUAUGUUAUAGAGCUUCCUAACGCCAUAAGCAAUUUGAAAAAUUUGCUGACCUUGGAUCUAAAUUUUCUCGAAGUCAUCCUCCCUAAGGUCAUCUGGAAAAUGAAGCAACUAAGACAUAUUCGAUUACCUCAUAACUGUAGGGCUCCUUCAGUCCGUGGGUUCCACUUGGAUUGCCAUAGGUUCCAUCCAUUUGAAGUUUCUUUACCAAACCUGCAGACCCUCUUUGGAUUGCCUGUCAAAGUUUUUGAGGCCAAUUGGUUGCACAAAAUUGAUAGUUUGAGAAGACUGAAAAUCUAUUUUAUAACUAAGCAUUUCAUUGGGGUAUUGUCAAGUGCAAACUCCCUGUUACAGAAGCUAGAGGAAUUGCUUAUAUUUUCGCCAGACGAUAUGAAAUCGGCCUUGGAUCUGUCUAGAUAUGUAAGCCUUCGUAAGUUAUUCAUAAGCGGCAGCGGCAUAGUGGAUUUUACACGACAUGAUAAACUGCCAACAUGCCUCACAGAGCUUGUCCUUUAUGUAACUAACCUGGAAAUGGACCCAAUGGUGACUUUGAAGAAACUACCUAAACUUAAGUUCCUUAUGCUUGAAAGGGAUUCAUACCUUGGGGAGAAGAUGGUAUGCUCUGGAGAAGCUGACAGCUUUCCUCAACUCAAGGUAUUGAAAAUUGCUGCAAAGAGUCUAAAGGAGUUUGUAGCUGAGGAAGGAGCAAUGCCUGAACUCAAGGACCUUACCCUUACUAAGUGCAUACCAAGAAUGAGAGUUCCAGAUAGAAUCGGAAAAAUAAUCACGAUUGACCCAAACAUGAGAGCCUACGAGACGUGGUAGUCAGAUCCGUGACUUCAUUUCCGUGACUUCAUUUUGGAAGGUGAAAGCACCAACUAAAGGAUGACAAAUACACGGGCUCUUGAUCUUCAGACUGCUUGCUCCUCAAUGUAAUCUUGCGACAUGAUGUCUUUCGGCUGAUUGCUUCUCAUGAGAAGGAAAAUGGUAAGGGUAAAGCUAAAGUUGAGGGCGAGGACCUCGCCACCUAGCAGCCAGCAGUGUCGGUAGGGUGUACAGUUUGCUGCCCCCGUCUUCUCUGAUGUUUUGUCAGGAGUCCUGACUCUUAUUUUUGACUGUGCCGGGUUAUCCCUCGUUUUUCCUACUUAUUGGCACAGGGUUUGUAUGUAUUUUUAUAUACUCCGUGCCCGCUGUUCCAACGGGGUACUUGUGGGCAUGCAUGUAUAUUGUUUUGCUUCCGUUGUUGUAUUUUUCGUAUGUAUGCAUGCCAGGGUAUUUUUAUCUUAUGUCUAUCUCUUUCCUCUACGUAAGCACUUUCGUUCGGAUAAACCAGGUGGUUGGGAUAUCCGGGCGGGG